AUGAAUAUAUCCAUUGCUAAUGUGACAGGAGUUCCAGAUAACCGGGAUUCCUUCACCAAGGCUGUGAUUAAGAAUGUUAUUGUUGUGGUUCUUAGCAUUUCCAUCAACUACAUCAAUGCAGGACUCAUUCAUACGUUCUGCGGAAACCAGAUCUUCAACACAAAUCCCCGGUACAUCCUGUUUGUUCACUUGGUGAUCAAUGACAUGAUCCAAGUAACGCUGACUGUUGCACUGUUCAUCAUUAGCUACAUCCUCUACAAGAUCCAUGUAUUUGUCUGUUGCAUCUUAAUACUGAUUGCCCUCUUCACUACUGAAAACACCCCGCUGAACCUGGCCUGCAUGGCAGUGGAGUGCUACAUCGCCAUCUGCAUCCCCCUCCGCCACGCUCAGAUCUGCACGAUCAAGAGAACGAGGCUGCUGAUUUCCUUAAUCUGGAUCACCAGCUUGGUGUCUGUUCUCCCUGAUCUCUUCAUUACCUUGGCCACGGAGCCACUGGACUAUUUUAAUACACAAGUGUUUUGCCUUAGGGAAACUGCUUUUCGAAGUCCCAGAAUCAUAGAGAGAAGGAAUAUUACAUAUAUUGUAUAUCUGGUUCUCGUUUGGUGCAUUAUUUUUUUCAUUUAUUUCCGCAUACUAUUUACGGCAAGAACAGCAAGUAGACAUGCUAAAAAGGCGAGGAACACAGUCCUCCUUCACGGGCUUCAGCUUCUUUUGUGCAUGGCAACGUAUGCAGAACACCUGGUGAAACAGGCUGUGUUGCAAUGGCUUCCUAAGUAUUACUCAGAUUCUCUGUUUGUUUGUUAUAUAAUUUUCCAAAUACUACCGAGAUCUAUUAGUUCAAUUAUCUAUGGCAUAAGGGACAAAACCUUCAGGAAGCACCUAAAAAGACCUAAAGAAAUGAAUGUGUCUGCUGCCAAUGUGACAGUGAUAGAGAUUCCCUUCACCAAGGUGUUGCUCAAGAACCUCAUUGUUGUGGGCCUCUGCGUUUUCAUCAACUCCAUCAAUGCAGGACUCAUUUAUACCUUCUCUAAACACCAGAUCUUCAACACAAAUCCCCGGUACAUCCUGUUUGUUCACUUGGUGAUCAAUGACAUGAUUCAAGUAACACUGAGUGUUGCACUUUUCGUCACUAGCUACUUAUUCUACCUUCCUAUGACUGUUUGUUGCUUCUUUAUACUGAUUGCUAUCUUCACUACUGAAAACACCCCGCUGAACCUGGCCUGCAUGGCAGUGGAGUGCUACAUCGCCAUCUGCAUCCCCCUCCGUCACGCUCAGAUCUGCACAGUUAAGAAAACACGGCUGCUGAUUUCUUUAAUCUGGGCCACCAGCUUGGUGUCUGUUCUCCCUGAUCUCUUCAUGACUUUGGCUACGGAGUCACAGGACUAUUUUAAAUUACGCGUGUUUUGCGUCAGGGAACUUGUUUUUAAAAAUCCCAGAAUAAUAGAGAGGAGAAAUAUUACCUACAUUGUAUAUUUGGUUUUAGUUUGGUGCAUUAUCUUUUUCAUCUAUUUCCGCAUAAUGUUCACAGCAAGAACAGCAAGUAAAGAUGCUAAAAAGGCGAGGAACACAAUCGUUCUCCAUGGGUUUCAGCUUCUGUUGUGUAUGGCAACAUAUGUAGAACACCUUGUAAAAGAUAUGGUGUGGCAAUGGUUUCGUGAUUCUUAUUUAGAUGUUCUGUUUGCUUGUUAUUUAUUGUUCCAAAUAUUACCAAGAUUUAUUAGCUCAAUUAUCUAUGGUGUGCGAGACAAAACGUUCAGAAAGCACCUAAAAGGAUAUUUUCUGUGUAAGAUAAGCCCACAGUAACACAGUGGGGCAUGUACUUUUAAUUUUUGUAUUCAUUCAUUGUAUAUCAACUGUAUUGAAUCUUAUUAAAAUGUUUC